CCAGCUAGUACUGCAGCUAAAUCAUCAGCAAAUAAAAAGCUUGAACAAUAGUUUAGAAAGUACCAUAUCAGAGUACCAUAUCAGAGUAGAAUACCAUAUCAGAGUGGUAAGUGAUAAAUAUCGUAGGAGUAAUGAUGGAGGCUCUACAAAAUUCACACUUCACUAAUUUUUCCUGUUCUACGUUUGUACACUUUUCUUAUGGACUGUGCACUUCAUAAACAAGUUGACAAUUUUUGUUUUACUAACAACUUUAAUUAACUAUGGCGUCAGCCGUGGUUUUUUUAUGACGGAAAAUCAAAAUUCCUGCGGAACAAAAGGAAUGUUUUAAAUAUCGAUUGGCACGCAGACUUUUCGCGCAAAUUCUUCUGUCGAGUGACCAGGUAUACGAAUCUUCUAAUUUGACUAGAUCGCUCUAAUUUUAGAGUUUUCUCCUGGUAAAAAUUCUGCUGUUAUUAAAUAGCUGAUUUUAAAGACUUUUUGCUGUUUUCUCGUUUUAAAGAUGUCUUGCGUUUAUUCCAAGGGAUAGCAGCUAUUCAUUUUAACUUUUCCAGUUUGUAGAGCACAUCUCGAAAUGUGUAUCCUGACGUUUCGGCUUACGAUCACCAGCUGACUGAGAAAAACAUUUACUUACUCUCAACAUUCAUAACAAUUUUCUCGAAUAUUUUUUAAUCUAUUAGUUGAUUAAGAUUUACAAGAAUUUGGGAAAAAUUUACGGGAACUAAUUAAUAUUAAUCGAUAAACAAAUUUGAUUGCUAAGUGCAUUCGUUGUCGUAAAGAUGACAGUAUACAUGACGACCGCAAUCAGAGCUUGACUCUAAUAUAGUUGUUUGCUCUUCUAAAAACCUCACAAAUCGGCCUGUUUUUCUGAUCCAAGUCAUCUUGCUAGGUGAAAUAUUAUUGAUUUAGCAGAUAGUGUAGAGUAAGCCCUUGUAUUCUUUGGGAUAUAUGUCUGCUGAAAAAAUAUGUCGCAGGAUCCUGAAAGUUUAAUAGAAAAAAAAUUCUGCGUAGUUUGCAAAAACAUUUUGUCGUGAAUUAAUGGUUCCCGCCCAACACUGAAAUUCCCACAGUGCUCCGCUGAAAAAAUAUUUGGCAGAAUUCUACAUGAAAAAUUCAGCGGAAUAAAGAGCAUUUCUGCCGAAAAAAUAUUCGCCAGAAUCCUGCAUGACAAUUUCCACAGAAAAACAAAUUUUUCUACGGAAAAAAUAAGUCUGCAUACGUUCAGAAAAAACAUUUCAUCGUGAAUUAGCAUUUUUCCGCCGAAAACUGAAAAUUUUCUGCACAAAAAUUGAAACUUCCAACGAAAAAAUCUUUUCCCGCAAGAACUGGUGCAACAACGCCCAUUUUUUUUCACCCGGUUGCUCGUAUACCGUAGAAAGUAAUUAGCGAUUAUCUCAUUAACCGUGGAUCGAAAUGGGAAAAGUGAAAAGUGGAUUUUGUAGAGCUUGAUGAGUUCUACUUGCGUCCAUCAAGAAGAAAGUUGGGUCCAGUGACAUAGCGAAUCGUCGCACGAAAUAUCUUAUUUUUCCCCGUUCUACAUAUAUUGCUUUUAUAGCCUGGAAAGUAAUUAGCGAUUUUGUCAUUAACUGAAGGUCGAAAUGAGAAAAGUGAAGUGUGAAUUUUGUGAAGCUUGACAAGUUCUACUUGGGUCGAUGAAGAUGAAAGUUGAGUCGAGUGACACAGCGAAUCGUGGCACAAAAAUCUUAUUUUUCCUGGUUUUAGAUAUAUCGCUGGUAUAGCCUGAAAAGUAAUUAGCGAUUUUCCCAUUCCCUGGGGAGCGAAAUGAGAAGGUGAGAAAACUAAGAUAUUUUGUGCCACAAUUCGCUAUGUCACUGGACGCAACUUUCUUCUUUAUCGACCCAAGUAGAACUCAUCAAGCUUCAGAAAAUCAGCUCUUCACUAUUCUCCUUUCGACCCACAGUUAAUGAGAAAUCGCUAAUUACUUUCCGCGCGAGAAAAGCAAUAUAUAUAUACAGCUGUGAAAAAUAAGAUAUUUUGUGCCACGAUUCGCUAUGUGACUGAACCCAACUUUCUUCUUGAUGGACGCAAGUAGAACUCAUCAAGCUGCACAAAAGCCACUCUUCACUUUUCGCAUUUUCACCCACAGUUAGUGAGAAAAUCCCUAAUCACUUUAUUAUUUCCUUCAACUAUUAAAAAGUUACUAAAAAUUUCAAGUAAAUGUUCAUUUAAUCUGUAAUAUUUGUAUGUUAAAUAUAAGAACAUUGUAGUUAUCGAUGCACAUUUUAAAUAAUUUUUAUUUACAUCUUUAGACAUCAUUGUUAAUAAUUCUUCAAUGCGAUCAAUUGUGUAUUGUGGCAUUGCACAUCGAUGAUUUUGUACUAGUUCCUCGAAUGAUAAUAACAUAUAAGAUUGAACAAUUGCUAAUGAUUUUGUGGAGCUUGACGAGUUCUACUUGGGUCGAUGAAGAUGAAAGUUGGGUCGAGUGACACAGCGAAUCGUCGUAUGAAAUAUCUUAUUUUUCUCAGUUGUAUAACAUAAAUGCUACAAAACAAUGAUGAUUCUAUCCACGUGAAGAAACUUUUUCGUAGCUUUGUCGACUUGAGUAAAUGAUCGAGUUUCAUGUACUGAACACUUUACUGUCAAGUGUUGUCUAGAGAAUUCUGUAGUUUCGCGUUAGAAUGUUUUCAAAUAUGUUAAUAAGAGUUUAGAGAAGUCGUAUUGAAAUGUGUAGAUCGAUUUUCUUUUAUUACGAUAAUGUUUUCUCCCCUGUCCUAGGCUUGAAAUGCCAAAUUAAAAGGAAAAUGUCAAUGGUGUUGGUCAAUGGUAGUUAGACAUAAGCAAGUCAAAAUUAUGGUUUUCUCUUCACUCAACCACCUCGACACCCCUCAGAGUAUCUUUUCGUAUUGCUUAAUCGUAUAGAACGAAGUCGUGCUGUGCCCAUCUAUUGCUUUGGACAUGCCUCCGCUUUUGUGUUUGGAGCGUUCGUUUCUUAAAUUUGUUUUAUUCGUGGAGGUCUAUGGAUUGGCAUUUACAAUAUCUCAAAAGUAAAUUUAAUUGAACACUUUCGAUGAAAUGUUGAAAUCCUUGAAUACUUUCGUGAAUAGCAGAAGAAAGCUCAGAUUCCAGCAUAUGUUAGAUAACCACUUGGAUGCUCCUAGAAUACGAGUAUACUGAUAUUUUCAAGUUUCGUUCAUUAAUAAAACGCAGACUGAUUCUUUUGUCUUCGAACUGAACGACGAUUGAAAUGAAAUGAAAUCUUGUCGACUCAGAAAUUUCAAGCCAAGUCGAAAUAAGAAAUCAAUUUAAAAUGCAGAGAUAAAAAUUCAUAUUAGCAGUAUAACUAUUGAAAAUGUAAAAACAAUGAAGAGACUCACAACUCUAAAACUCUUCAGAAAAAAAGCAAAAAUGACUGAAAAAUCUCGAGACCAAUGAAUAAUUCGAAAGUUUUCUAUCGUCAUAAUAUAAGGAAAGUCACAAACUUGUACAUUUAACAUGAAACAGACACAGGUUUUCAAAUGUAUUUUCAUGCUUGCUUCUACACUAAUUCUAAAUGGGUUCUGUAUAUAUUCAAUGAAAAAGACUACAUCGGCAAGUUGGGAGUGAUAGUCGUUUUUCGUUUUUGUUUUAACUAGGUAGCCAAACAGAGAGCAACGCAAAUCAAUGUACGUUUUGAUCAAACUCGCGAUCAUCUUCAACACUUAUCUGAUGAUAUUGCUACAAAGGAAAAGAACUACAAUGAACAGAAUAGUCGUUAUACUCAACUUAGUGCUGAUGUUGAACAACGUAAGAAGAUUCACGAAAAGUUAGGAAGCCAAAUUCAAGGUUUACAUAAUCAAUGGGUAUCAAAACAAAUAUGGGUCACAACUCUUACAAAAAGUGUCAAUGAGUUGAACAAAGAUAUUGCCAACAUGAAAUUAAAGAGACGAGAGGACGAGAAAGUGAGGAAACGACAACUGAAAAGACAAAAUAAUGACAAUCGACGAAAGCAAGAAAAUUAUCAAAUGAAUACCAACAAAAACUAA